AUGUCUGCUUUUAACGUUGACUCCGCCAAAGUCUUACUGCGAGAUGUCGUCGCGCCGCAGCAUCCUCUAGCAGCGCAGGCAUUAAUUCUCCCAAAGGGACACCAAAAACGCCCUGGGUGCCGCCCUCUUCCAAGUAAUAUUGUGCUUGAACGAGAUCAAGUCCUCACUCUCCGGGAUGGGACCAAGAUCUUUGCCGACAUCUACCGCCCCGAGACUGACCAGAACACCAAAGUCCCUGCCAUUGUCAUGUGGUCGCCUUAUGGCAAGAGCAGCACGGGGCUAAUCGUGUUAAGCACGGUGUUGCCUUUUCAAGCUGCUAUACCGGACAGCCAGCUUUCAGGUUAUGAAAGCUUUGAAGGUCUUGAUCCAGCAGAAUGGGUGCCAAGGGGAUACGCCAUUGUCAACGUCGAUGCUCGAGGUUCGAACCACUCCGAAGGCAACAUGAGGUGGUUCGGAUCCGCAGAGGGCCGAGAUGGACACGAUGCCAUUGAAGAGAUUGCAAAGCUGGAUUGGUGCAAUGGGAAAGUCGGGAUGGCUGGCAACUCAUGGCUUGCCGUGGCGCAAUAUUACAUUGCGGCAGAAAAGCCGGCUCAUCUCGCAUGCAUUGCGCCUCUGGAAGGAUUCAGCGACCCUGCCAGAGAGAUGGCACUGCGAGGGGGUAUCCCUCACACGUCCUUUUCCAAGACCAUCGCCAACACGCUCACAGUGUUGACCGUUCUAGGGACGCAAAAGCAAGAGGAUCUAAUUGCAAUGGUCCAGGACUUCAACAACUUCAAAGACUACUUCGAGGACAAGCGGGUCGAAUUUAGCAAGAUAGAUAUACCUGCGUACAUUGGCGCUAGCUAUUCAACGGACAUCCACGCCAUUGGAUCCUUGCGGGCGUUUGAGGAGAUUCAGCAUGACAAGAAAUGGAUCGUCCUACAUGCUUCCCAGGAAUGGUUCGACCUUUAUUCGGUCGAUCGCACAAAAGACUUGUCGCGGUUCUUCGACUACUACUUGAAAGGGAGUGCGAACGAUUGGUUGGAAACAAAACCUGCCCGCGUCGCACUCUUACGCUACCCCCAGCCGGCUCUACUUGACCAGGAGUUUGAGGACCUCCCCUGGCAUCUUCCGUCUACCUCUAAGCAGCAACUUUUUCUAGAUUCGCAAGGCGGUCUCUGUGUAUCUAAUCCUGCCGAGAGCAGCACGCAGAGUUACCACGCGGAAUUGUCUGAGGCCCUGGAGUUUAGCUACAGGUUCCCGUCGAGAACUGUCAUUAUAGGCCCGCCCACUUUGACCGUCCAUAUUGCUUCGCCUGGCUUUGAGGAUCUGGAUGUCUACGCCCAUAUCUUCAAGGCUGAUGCGAAGGGGAACAUCCUGACAUAUAUGAAUAUCCCAAUCUCUCACGACGAGGCAGCUAGUCCACUGACUGAAAACAAGUUGUUCCGAUACCGUGGCCCAACAGGCUGCCUCAGAGCAUCUCGCCGGCACGUCUCCCCUCAAGGAUCGGGUAAGAUUUGGCACACGCUAUCUUUCUCCCGACUGGAGCCUAUCAAACCGGGGGAUAUUGUCAAGUUGGAUAUCCAGAUGUGGCCUACUGGGAUUGUCUAUGAAGAAGGAGAACAGUUAAUCCUCAAGAUCAGUGGAAAGUAUAUUGGGCUUCCAGCCAAUCCAGGUCUAGAACCUGAAGCUAGUGCAAACGUGGGUCAACAUGUUGUGUAUACUGGCGGAGAGUUUGCAAGUUCCCUGCAAUUCUAUACGCUGUAG